UAUUUCCAGUGGUUCUUCUUCUGAUUUGUGGGGUAUUACACCAUGCUGCUGUUGGAUAUCAGUCACAAACUUCUCCAACUCCCGAUCAUAUAUUCUUCGUUCCUUAAUGUUGCAAAAUGGCUGUGGCUUUGCGCUUACAAAGAACAUACUGCGGGUGCUCAUUGAAAAUGGGUGCUAUCUCGAUUGGUAUUAUUUAUUUGUUUUUCUGCGGAUUAGCUGCUUUUCUUUUGGGGUGUUUGCUGCUACCGGAAUUACUUAUAAAUUAGUUGAUAUGGCGGAGGUUACAAAUUACCUGACUUUCUCUCCAACAGAAGCAUCAAAUUCCCAAAAGAUUUCUCACAACCAGGAUAAUUCACAAUUCGAGGAAAAUCUCACAGAAAAAAUAACGAUAGGAUUGACAGUCAGCGCCAUGUUGUUGUUAGCAACAGCAGCGUUUUUCAACGGAAUGCUUGUCCACGGAGCAAUGAGAAAUAAGCCCACCUGUGUGCUCUAUUGGCUUGUUGAACAAACGGCUCUACUCUUCUUCGAAGGACUUCUCGUUGCUUUUCUCAUGCUCAACGACCACACCAUUUCCAUGAUCUUUGUUCUCAUAGAUAUUG